AUCUGUCCACGCGCUUUGAAGCUUUGGCACUUGCGAAAUGAUCAUCUACAGGUGCGUCAUCAGCGGUGAUGAGAUGUUCACGGACGUCUACAAAAUCACAGAGCCAGAAAGUGGCCUGUUCUACGUAGUCGAAGGAAAGCUCACCACCAGAAAGAAUGACGAUGUUAGUAAGAUAUCAAUUGGGGCCAACCCCUCUGCAGAUGAGACCGUGGAGGCCUAUGAAGCGUCCUCCGUUUCUGGUGUAGACAUUGCCCUUAACAAUGACCUGAAAGAGACAACGUACACAAAAAAGCAGUACAAACUUCACAUCAAAGACUACGUGAAGUCCAUUAGGGACUGGCUGAAAAAAAACAAUCCCGAUAGAGUGGAGGACUUUGAGAAGGAAGCCGCAGCAGAAAUUCCAAAGCUCUUGACAGACUUUGACAACUACAGGUUUUUCACAGGAUCGAGCAUGAAUGAACAAGGCAUGGUGGGACUGCUUGACUUCAGCAAAGAAGGCAAGCCGAUCAUGCUUUUCUUCAAAGAUGGUCUGGAGAAAGUGAAAUUUGUAAGUAUUCAGUAG